AUGGCUGAACUUCCGGAUUGGUUUACAUCCAUACCUUAUUUCACUAAACGAUGGCUUGCCCUGACUGCUAUCUUGACUUUAGCCGGACGGUUUGGUGUUCUGAAUCCUUUUAACUUUAUGUUAUUUUAUGAACCAUUUAUCAAAAAGUUUGAAAUUUGGAGAGCAGUCACUGCUUUGUUAAUGUACCCAUUAUCACCUGGAAAUGGAUUUCAUUUCUUAGUCAAUUGUUAUUUUCUAUAUAGUUAUUCAAUAAGAUUGGAAACAGAUUCAUUUAGUGGAAGACCGGCAGAUUAUUUUUUCUUACUUAUAUUUAAUUGGAUAUGUUGUGUCAUUAUUGGACUCUUGGCAAAUAUACCGGUUCUCAUGGAUCCUAUGGUCUUAAGUAUUUUAUAUGUAUGGUGCCAACUAAAUAAAGACGUAAUUGUAAGUUUCUGGUUUGGAACUCGUUUCAAAGCCAUGUAUUUGCCAUGGGUAUUGUUUGGGUUCAACUUGAUUAUUUCUGGAGGAGGACUUCAGGAAUUAGUCGGAAUUAUUGUGGGUCAUAUUUAUUUUUUCCUCAUGUUCAAAUACCCACAAGAAAUGGGCGGACCACAGCUUAUACAAACACCUCAGAUAUUUUACAAAUUUUUUCCUAAUCAAAGGACAGUUCAUGGUUUUGGUCAACCGCCAACUAGAGCAGCUCCAACUGCAGCCCCAGCAGCAGGAAACCAACAAGGAGAAGGUGGAUUAAACUUCCGUCGCCAUGAUUGGGGUAGAGGUUAUGUUCUAGGACAACAACAAUAA